UGCCAGGCGCUUGAUCACUCGUGUCUGUGGGAAGUGCUGAAAAUUCAACGCGUCACGGGCGCGUUACACACGUAUCGCGCGCAGAUUAUGAUCGGUGACGAGCUCGUGUCACCGAAAGGAGCGCGCGCUCGGCGAGAGUUUCACGGCUUUAACCGGAAGAUUGUUAACUAGUUGAACUCAGUCUCUAAGCAGCUAACGUGUUAGCCACCCCGAGCGCGGGUAGUUAACGUUACACUUCCGAUCGAGUUGAUCGAUUGAUCAAUGAUCAUGGAGAAGAAGAGGACGGACUGCCCGGCACUUCCGCCCGGCUGGAAGAAAGAAGAAGUGAUCCGGAAGUCCGGAUUAAGCGCAGGAAAGAGCGAUGUGUAUUAUUACAGUCCCACAGGAAAGAAGUUCCGGAGUAAGCCGCAGCUCUCCCGUUACCUUGGCAACACCGUCGAUCUGGGAUGUUUCGACUUCCGAACGGGUAAAAUGAUGCCCAGUAAGAUGCAGAAGAACAAACAGAGAAUGCGCAGUGAUAAUCUCAGUCUGUCCAAGGGAAAGCCGGAUCUGAACACAGCUCUCCCCAUCCGACAAACGGCCUCCAUCUUUAAACAGCCCGUCACUAAAGUAGUGAACCAUCCCAAUAACAAAGUAAAAGCAGAUCUUCAGAGAGCUACAGAGCAGCCCAGACAGCUCUUCUGGGAAAAGCGUUUGAAAGGACUGAGAUCUUCAGACGUGACAGAAGAAGUUCUUCGAACGAUGGAGCUGCCCAAAGGUUUACAAAGUAUUGGUCCAGAUUCAUCAGAUGAGACUCUUCUUUCAGCUAUAGCGAGUGCUCUACACAUGAGUUCAGCUCCGAUCACGGGUCAAACGUCCACAGCUGCAGAGAAAAACCCCGCCAUAUGGCUCAAUACAGCCCAACCGCUGUGUAAAGCUUUUACUGUUACUGAUGAAGACAUCAGGGAACAGGAGCUGAAGGUUCAUCAGGCCCGCCGCAGUCUGGAGGAAGCGCUGAUGGCCGACAGUUUGGCUCGAGCCGCCGAAUCCACACGAGACAUCGAGGGCAAAGCGGCGUAGACACACAGCAGCAGGAUCAGAUGACAGGAGGAGAGAUCAAUGUGAGGACGACAUGUUUCAAAAUUAUAUUGAAGUUAUGAUGAAGCCACAGUAUUAAAAAGAUGGACACAAAAGAUAGCUGUUAUGUAGUUUUCAAGGGAUCACAUGCAUAUUUAUGUACAAAAAUAUACAAUAAAACGCAAUGAAAAAAAUCUAAGAUAGUUAAGUGGUCCUUAAAUAACAUUGAGCACUUUUAUAGAGACAAUACAUUAUAAAUGAAUGUAAAAUAUAUUUUGCUUUACAAUAUAAUGUCUUUAAUGUAGCUUAUUGUCAAUAGUUGACAUACUGUAAUCAAUGUAUUUGUGUUUUAUCUGACAAUACUGUAUCAGUUAUUUAUAUUACACACUUACAUUAUACUGUAAUUAGAAUAAAACACCGUUAUUGUCAUAACACAGCUCUACUUUGAAAUUUAAGCUAAAAGUACACAUAUUUAUUAAAACACAUACAUAAACAAGUGAACAUGUAAACAAAUAUGUACUAAAAUAUGUGAUGUUAUAUAUUUACAUUAUUUUUGUAUUUACAGUUACAUUGCGAUCUGUACAAAUAAAAG